AUGCAUAGUAAAGAACACACCCAGCCGGGAUACAAGUUGAUGUUUACACACGUCUGGUGUCUACACCCGCGAAGGAGCACCAUGCAUCUACGAUGGAUUUUCUCGAGUCUUCUCGUCUUUUCCGUGCUCAUGUCGUCCGGAGUAGUAUACUAUCGUCAUAUCAACUACACGUGGGAGUCUGGUCUAUCACCCGACCUGUUUGGGGUGGGUGUCUGUGGUGAAGAUUUUAUGAACUGUACAGCGACAACUGAAACCUAUCGCACCAAUGAACAUGAUUUACUCCUUGAGUAUACUCGACGACAAAAGAACCUUCAGGACAUCUGUCUGACACACCCCGCGGGGAAACUCAGAAGAAUUAUCUCUCACGACAGAUACAAACUUGCAUGCUGUGUGGUGCCCAAGGCGGGAUGUACCUUCUGGAUCAACGUCUUCCGCUUCCUGUACAACGAAACGGGGGAAGUGAACGUCAACAGCCCAAAUGAUAUACCCCGUUUGGUAACUCACCGUGGACCGAGGCGAAAGAUGAAAUUUUACAACAUGACAACCGCUGGGAAUUUCUUGCCGUACACUUUUCGAUUCCUAUUUACCAGAGAGCCAUAUUCUAGGCUGUGGUCGGCUUAUGUGGAUAAAUUUCUUCUUCCUGAUUUCUGGUGCCUGGAAGCAAAACGUAUAGGGGAUCAGAGAUGGAAUCGGAGACGGAAUCGCCCUUCCGGUUUCUGCAAAAGGUUUUGCGUUAGCGAUGUCAGCUUUGUGGAACUGUUGAACCAUAUCGUCUUGAGUGAUAUCGACGAGCUGAACGAACACCUGAGCCCAGUUAGUCAUAUGUGUGACCCCUGCACCUUUAGACCGGAUGUCAUCGGUACCAUGGAGACGUUCGCUAAAGACAGUUAUUAUAUUCUGUCCCAAGUCAAUUUAGGACACUUGAUAGGUGAUCACAACACUAAAACAUACGUAGAGCACGAACUGGCCAUGCUCACAGAAUACAACUUUGGAUUAUUCCAGUUUCCUUAUUGUGGUCGAUGCAUGAAUCGCGCUGAUGUUGCUAAGAGACUUUGGAAAGCUUUUCAAAUAAAUGGAUAUUUACCCAAUGACGCAAAGUUACCGCUUGAACAUCUGAAGAACAUAACCACGGAUAGGUUUUUAGACAUAGCCAUGAAAACGUACAGAGAAAGGCCUAGUUCUCCCGCUCAGAUGAAACGUCAGAAGAAGAAGGCCUUAAUAGACGCUUAUAGGUCGGUGCCGCAAAAUAUUAUGGACAAAUUAAAAUCCAUUUACGCAACAGAUUUCCUAAUGUUCGACUACGACCCAGAUCCAUCUUGGUUGAAGUUUAAAAAGUCGAAAUUGAGAACGUGAAAGAUUUUGAAUAAUGUAAUUUUGUUGUUGUUUCAAAGACAUAAUAUUGUCAUGGCUGUCCCAACAAUUUUCGUAACUGUGUGCUGUGACGUGGACCUUUCUCAAGUAAUUUUAAUAUUGGACAAAACAAAAUAUUUAUUUUUACAUAUUACGAUCACUAAAUGUGUUAAUUUAAUGUCUGAAGUCCGUGUUUUGGUCUUGCGGUCUUCGACUUUAUUUAAUUCCCAAAUUCCUGUGCAUAUAAAAACUAUGACACAACGUUGACAUUAAUAUUAUUGAUGUAAAAAUUUACAUAACUGCAAAGUAUGUGUACUUACACACUGAAAACAUUCCAUGGGCUCAUAAAUAAACCUGGGAUAAAUUUCCGUUUGAUCGACUGUUUUGACAGGGCUACCGGGAUUGACCUUGCCCUUCAGUAAAGUUUAUUUUCCUCCAAAACUUGUACGAUCGAUUAGCUAUUUUCUUAGUUAAACGUAUCCUAAUAUUGUUUGUAUUAUUAGCUCGAAUUCCCAGUGUAUUUGCAGUGCACUUUAGUGUGUCUUUGUGCCUAGUGAAUAAUGUCGUUUUCACAAUAAUCCCAAAGGCUUUUUCAUUAAAACUAUUUUAUAUUGAAAUUAGACCAAAAAAGCAAUUGUGUAAUAAUAGUCUCAUAUUUAUGCACAUUAGAAUUUGUUUGUAUUAUUAGUUUGAAUUCCCAAUGUAUUUGUUAUGCAAAAUGAGCGUGAUUUGUGCCUGAUUAAUAAUGUCGUUUUCAUAAAUAUUCUAAAGGCU